AUGGCACCGGAUAGCAUACCGGCAGAAACAAUGGAUAAGAUAGGCGGUAUUGGUGAUGACGAUGAUGUGGUUGAUGAUGAUGAUGACGACGAUGACGAGGAUCAAAAAACUUCAAAUGAACAACAACUCUCCAUUGUCGUUGUUGUCGUUUGGUGGUUUGUCAUCGUUGUCAUCGUCGUCAACGUUACCGUUUGUGGUGGUGGUGGCGGUGGUCGUGGUGGUCGUCGUCGUCGUUGUCGUCGUCAUCGUCGCCGUCGCCAUCAUCAUCAUCAUCAUCAUCAUCAUUAUUAUUCUGCUGCUACUGCUGCUGCUGCCGCUGCUGCUGUGGUCCGGUCGUCGUCAUUUGUAAUACCCAAAGAUUUUAGUCUAUUCAAACUUAGUAGACACAGCAGCAGUAAUUAG